UUUGUCGAUACAGUGCGACCUUUUAUCCAAUUCUGGUUCCAUUCUGGGAUAAUUGCCUGGACACGUCUUUCCUACAAACCACUGCGUGGAUGAGCCUCGACCAUGACCGAUCCUGCCUAACGUCGGUCUUAGCACUUUAUGGAAGGCUCUUUCAUCGCGAAGGCCUCCCACUUCGGGCUACGGUGCUACAUGAUCGUACCUCAAUGACGUGGCGAUGCUUCUGCGUCCGCAUGUAACAUCGUGUUUUUGGAUUUUCCAUGUGGUCCGUCAAAAAGAAGCCUCCAUAUAUCCGAACCAUGACUGCGGAAGUAUUGAACCAACCGGCACGGGAGGAGACGGGAGAUACAGAUCCGUCGAUCGCUGGAUGUGCAGAAUGCUCAAGAACUCCAGCUUCUUUCCUCUCUCAUCGACUUAGACAAACGACGUCGUUGUUCUGUCCUGUCUUCAGCCGCAAUGGCGGCCCUGUUAGGGUCGCGCUUCAAAGCGCAUCGUCCGGCGAAACUCUCCAUCGUACCGACAGCACUAGACACCAUACCUCAGCAAAAUGAUAGUCCUGUUUCUCCCACGUCCCAUGUGGGAAGUAAACGGGAAUCUGCGAUAAUGGAAGCGCCUGGAAGACCACCCAUCAAAGAGCACAACACGAACAAUGUCAAGUUCGACGUCAUGCUCAUGUAUCUGCGCCAGCAGCAGCUCGAAAAGCGCUGGGCGAGCGGAAACUCGACAGAAGGCGUUGUACUGAGGAGGAGUCGAAACGAUUAUAUCUGCCAACCUCCAGAGCUAUUGCGGCAAGUCAAUGGCUUUUAUGAUGAAGUCAAAAAGCAAAACUUCAAGGUUGCCAUGACUAUCAAGACAUCAGUCAUCGAGACCUUUCUUAACGCAUACAAGCAUGACCAUGUACCACUUAGCAACGGACAACAGCUGCGCAUCAUGGAAACCCUCAGUGAGCUCGCGUACGGUAGGCGGCAUCACUACGCUGCAUUUGUACGUAGUCAAGGGAUCCUCGUUGUUUGGGACGAAGAUCCUACAGAAGUCAUCGAUCGAGCUGAACGGAUCGAAAAAUAUCUCGUCAACAUGAUGUGGUCGAUGGACGACAGCGAUGACGAAUACGACAACGAAUUCGAAGACGAGAAAGCGGCCAUUCUCAAUCCGAAAGUCGCAAUGGAAACGCCAGAGACGUCAAUCGAAGACGAGGAGGCCAAAUCCUGGGAGAAACCGCGGAAAACGGUCCUCUACCAGGCAUUCAUUGUCGGUGCCGUGGGCGUCUUGACCAUUUUCUGCCUGUCUAUUGGCUGGAGACGCAUGGCCAUCGAGAUCGUGAUCGACAAUAGCUACAAACGGCUGGCUAUCAUGGCAGCAGCACCCUUGCAGAUAUGGUUGGGAUGGUUCUUCUUCAUGACUCUCAUAAAUGGUGUCUCCCAGAUGAUCGGCCCGGUCAAACAGAUGGCGCACAACUCCAGGUUCUAUUCAGCACGACCUCCUGUUCGACUGACAGGAUCGGACCUGCCUCACGUCACGAUCCAGUGUCCCGUGUACAAGGAGGGUCUCGAAGCCGUUAUUCAUCCCUCGAUUGUGUCUAUCCGGAAAGCCAUCUCGACGUACGAGCUUCAAGGUGGAAGUGCGAAUAUUUUCAUCAACGACGACGGCAUGCAGGUAAUAUCUGAGGAAGAAGCGCAGAAACGCUUCGAAUUCUACGAAGACAAUAAUAUCGGCUGGGUAUCUCGGCCAAAGCAUGCCCCUAAGGGAGACGAGAACGGCGAGAACGUUUAUGUUCGUGCUGGAAAGUUCAAGAAGGCAUCCAACAUGAACUUCUGCCUCAAUGUGACCAACCGCGUCGAGGACAUCAUGGCCGAAGUCCAGCGAGGGCCCGAAUGGACCCAGGAAGACGAGGAUCGACUGUUCCAGGCGAGCUUUGACAAGGUGAUUAAUGAAGACGCCGGUCGCACCUGGGGUGGCGGCGACAUCAGAAUGGGCGACUACAUCCUGAUAGUCGAUUCAGACACCCGAGUACCAGAGGAUUGUCUGUUAGACGCCGUUUCGGAAAUGGAACACUCCCCGGAUGUCGCUAUCAUUCAGUUCUCAUCGGGCGUCCUUAACGUGACGACGAGUUUCUUCGAACAGGCCAUCACCUUCUUCACCAACCUGGUCUAUACCGCGAUUCGAUUUGCCGUAGCCAACGGUGAUGUCGCCGCGUUUGUCGGCCACAACGCUAUUAUGCGCUGGUCCGCCGUCCAGAGUGUACGAUACACCGAUGCAGAAACCGGAGUCGAGAAAUACUGGGCCGAGAAUACCGUGUCCGAAGAUUUCGACAUGGCCCUCCGCCUCCAGGGGCUGGGGUAUAUCAUUCGAUUCGGCGCGUACACCGGCGACGGGUUCAAAGAGGGUGUGUCGUUGACUGUCUACGACGAACUGUCCCGCUGGGAAAAGUACGCAUACGGUUGUGCCGAGUUGGUCUUUCAGCCGUUCCGGUACUGGCCCACGCGUGGACCUCUGACAAAGUUGUGCCGCACGUUUCUGACCAGCCCGAUGAGCUUGAUGGCCAAAGUCACCAUCAUGUCGUACGUCGGCACAUACUUUGCCAUUGCGUCGGCGUGGCCUCUGACGCUGAUGAAUUAUUUCCUCAUCGGCUGGUUCAACGGACACAUUGACCAGGCGUAUAUCGACUCUUUCAAGAUCUACUUUGGUAUUAUCGUCGUCUUCCAAGGUCUGGGUAUCGUCAGUCUGGCCGUUCUACGGUACCGAGUCGAGAAUCGGUCCCUGUUUGGAAGUAUGCUGGAAAACCUCAAGUGGUUGCUCAUCUUGACUGUUUAUCUGGGUGGCUUGUCGAUGCACUUGUCCCAGGCUAUUCUGUGCUACUUGUUCAGCAUCGACAUGACCUGGGGUGCCACAGCGAAAGAGGCCAAGUCGACGUCCUUCUUCCGCGAGGUGCCGACGAUUCUGAAAAAGUUCAAGUUUACUUUUUGUUUUUGUAUUGUCAUGAUUGCGGGCAUGAUCAUCUUGUCGGGCAUUGGACCGGUCGGGCAGAUGGUGCCGUAUGACUGGAGGAUCGUGGAUUUCAUUGCGAUUUUCCCACUGGCUAUGUUGGUGGGUUCGCACUUUUUGCUGCCGUUGGUGCUGAACCCCGGUUUGAUGCAGUUUACUUUCUAGGCAGAGAGAAAAGCACUGGCGUUCCGGGGUCUGAUAGGCUUGACAUAGAUUCAGCCUAUGGUGAAACAAAUAAAGCCUGGACUGGCAUGGGAACGAAAUCCGAAGUUCAUAAAACCUUUUUCAUUCGCUGUAA